AUGACCAACUAUAAUUCCUACUAUGAUCCCAACUUUCACAUUCCACUUCAUUCUUCUAACGCAAGAAACCCUAAACCAAAUCUCCAGUUUGCUUUAUCUCCAAGUUACGAUCACAGUCCUAAGAAGAAACGCACUAAAACCAUUGCUUCAUCUUCUAGUUCUUCACCAAAGAAACCAAGGUACACCAAAAAACCAGACCCUAAUGCCCCCAAAAUCACACGUCCAUGUACCGAAUGUGGCAGACAGUUUUGGUCUUGGAAAGCUCUCUUUGGUCACAUGAGAUGUCACCCUGAGCGUCAAUGGCGUGGCAUCAAUCCUCCUCCUAACUACCGUAACCCCACCACUGCGGCUUCAUCAAAACAACUAAACCAGAUCAGAUCACAAAAUUGGGUCUCAUUUAUGUCCGAGGAAGAUCAUGAAGUCGCUUCUUGUCUCUUAAUGCUGUCUAAUGGCACACCAACGUCAUCGAGUACUAGUGAACGGUUCGAGUGUGGGGGAUGUAAGAAAGUGUUUGGAUCACACCAGGCUUUGGGAGGACACAGAGCAAGUCAUAGGAACGUUAAAGGAUGUUUCGCAAUCACAAACGUAAACGAUUAUCCUAUGACGGUUACCACUUCUAGUGAUCAUGAUCAUCAUCAGGGAAAGAUCGUUAUGUUUUCAGGGCACCACAAGUGUAAUAUCUGUUUUAGAGUGUUCUCCAGUGGUCAGGCUUUAGGAGGUCACAUGAGAUGUCACUGGGAAAGGGAAGAGGAGCCGAUCAUUGGAGUUGUAGGUGCUUUGGAUCUGAAUGUUCCUGCAACAAUGCAUGAUCUUUCUACUUCAGACACAUUAGGGUGUUCUUUAGAUCUUAGAUUAAGUCUUUAA